UCUGUGGGUUCUCACUCUCAUUGAGUCAUCCUAUUCCUACUACGGCUUUUACUCAGCCAACCUUGUGCUGACUGAUUUGAUCAUCGCACAGCGAAGAGCAAUGUCUCUGAGGCCGAGCGCGAGGACCGAGGUCCGCCGGAACCGGUACAAGGUUGCCGUGGACGUCGAGGAAGGUCGUCGCCGAAGGGAGGACAACAUGGUCGAGAUCCGAAAGAGCCGCAGAGAAGAGAGCUUGCAGAAGAAGCGUCGCGAAGGCCUCGUACCUCACCAAAUAUCCUCCUCUCUCGCCGCCACCCGCACUUCCGAAAGGACCGAAACGAAGUUAGAAAGUCUGCCGGAAAUGGUUAGUGGGGUUUGGUCGGAGGACAAGAGCUUGCAGCUUGAGGCAACCACUCAUUUCCGAAAGCUGCUUUCGAUCGAGCGCAGUCCUCCGAUUAACGAAGUUGUGCAAUCCGGGGUUGUUCCUCGCUUUGUCGAGUUCCUUGGGAAGGAUGAGUUCCCACAACUUCAGUUUGAGGCCGCAUGGGCCCUCACGAACAUUGCUUCCGGGACAACAGAAAACACCCGGGUUGCGAUUGAUCAUGGAGCCAUCCCAAUAUUUGUCAAACUUCUAGGCUCUCCGAGUGAUGAUGUUCGUGAACAGGCUGUUUGGGCAUUAGGAAAUGUUGCCGGUGACUCGCCUAAAUGUCGUGAUCUUGUUCUUAGUCAUGGGGCUUUAAUGCCGUUGCUGGCACAGUUUAAUGAUCAUGCUAAACUAUCUAUGUUGAGAAAUGCGACAUGGACAUUAUCCAACUUCUGUAGGGGCAAGCCACCGCCUUUGUUUGAGCAGACAAAGCCGGCUAUCCCAGCUCUUGAGCGUCUUAUACAUUCAAAUGAUGAGGAAGUCCUCACUGAUGCAUGCUGGGCACUAUCAUAUCUUUCAGAUGGCACCAAUGAAAAAAUCCAAGCUGUAAUUGACGCAGGUCCCUGCCCCCGACUUGUUGAACUUCUAACCCAUCCAUCUACAACAGUGCUCAUACCUGCCCUUCGCACAGUUGGAAAUAUUGUCACUGGAGAUCAUAUGCAAACUCAGUGUAUAAUAAAUCAUCAAGCUCUUCCUUGCCUUCUGAACCUGUUGACACAUAAUCAUAAGAAAAGCAUCAAGAAGGAAGCUUGCUGGACCAUCUCAAAUAUCACAGCUGGAAAUGUAAAUCAGAUACAGGCUGUAAUUGAGGCUGGCAUCAUUCCCCCCCUUGUCCAACUACUUCAAAAUGAUGAGUUUGAGAUCAAGAAAGAAGCUGCUUGGGCAAUUUCAAAUGCUACAUCUGGUGGCAUCCACGAUCAAAUCAAGUACUUCGUGAGCCAGGGGUGUAUUAAGCCUUUGUGCGAUCUCCUCAUUUGUCCAGACCCAAGAAUUGUCACAGUUUGCUUGGAAGGGCUCGAGAAUAUUCUAAAGGUUGGGGAAGCUGAGAAGAAUAUGGGUAAAACAGGAGAUGUAAACUUGUAUGCCCAAUUGAUUGAUGAUGCUGAUGGUUUAGAUAAGAUUGAAAACCUUCAGAGUCAUGACAACAAUGAGAUAUAUGAAAAGAUAGUGAAGAUUCUUGAGACAUAUUGGAUUGAGGAUGACGACGAGCCAUUACCCCCAGGCGAAGCUCCCCAAUCUAGCUUUGGUUUUGGAGGGAAUGAAGUUUCUGUUCCUUCUGGUGGAUUUAACUUCAGUUGAAGGUAUGCAUGCUUAACUCCUCAACUGUUAGUAUGAGUGCAUAUUCAGUAAAGGCAGCUGAGAUAAUACAGUAAGAGUCCAAGCAAUCGCAGGAGGAAACCGCCUAAUACAAUGAAGCAAAGCCCCUUCCCCUAUCUAGCUCAAAGAGAUAUUAGGAAAAGAAAAGAUAUGCUACUUUUAAGUUACUUCUUGUUCUCCUUGUGGAGGUCAUAUUUUGAUGAUAAUUAGGGAUUAUCCCAUUUUUUGUCAUCCAAGUAAGAAAGAUUUCUUCUUGGAUGUUUCUUUUUGUUUCUGGCGAUCAAUGAAAUUUUGUUGGUUGUAUUACUGUCAAAAA